UUGCAAAUGGUCAUUGUCUGUCCAUCUUUUCAAUUCAUAUGAAGAAAUUGGUCAGAAAAUUAUUCGUGACCAUCAAGGACAUGUAUCAUUGCCUGCUAUCCAGCUCUGUCCAGUGACAGAAAUUAUAGUUCGUAAGCAAGGUCAUGUGGUCAUGAAGCCUCAACUUGGUCCAGAAUGGUCAUUGUGUCGAGGUGAUGCAGAAGUUCAGUUUCCAACCAAAUAUUUGUGGGAACGAUCAUUUGAUCACGAUCAUUGCUUCACAUUUGUGGUUGAAGCCAUUGACUCUUGUCCUGAUAGUUUAGAAUUUCCUGUUUGUGUUGAGUACAUCAGACAAGGUGAAGUGCAGGUCUGCUUCACAUUGGAAGCAGUUCACAAACUGUCCAAAUCAGCUGAUUCAUCAAAUUCCAUGUUACCAGGAACAGAUCAAGGAACAGACAAAGAACAUUCUUCAGUCUCUGUUGUGAAGAGGAGGAGCUUGUCAAGUUACAGAUCUGAAGAAUUAGAUUUACAAGCAAUUGUGUCUGAUGUACAAUUUCUUGAGGCUGUCAGAAGUCAUUGGUACGAGAUUGGCAUUCGUCUUGGAGUCGACAUGGAAGAGUUGUCUGAUUGUCAAGAACGUUUCCCUCAGGACUUUGCUGCUCGCCUCGUACAUAUCUUCUCACUGUGGAGAAGACAAGUGCCCAAACCAACUAUUGCAAUACUCCUGGAAGCAUGCAGACAAGCAGGUGUUGGAGCAGUAGCAGAGAAAGCAGUGAGGGAGGCACCAAAUCGAACAUUUCACAACACCAAGAGUCUCAAAAUAAUUGCCAAAUUACUAACUGGUGAAGCUUUUGAAUUGGAAGCACGGCCAUCUGAUAAUGUUGCCACAUUAAAACAUCAGUUGCAAACCAAAGAUGAUUUUUCAUCAUGGGAUCAACUGUUUGUCUUUAAUAAGAAUCAAUUACACGAUGACCAGACAUUGGCUGAUGCAGGAGUAACUACUGAUGGAACAAUACUGAAUGUUGUUCUUUGUCCUCGUGGUGUGACAGACAUGGGAGCUGAUGCAGCUGAGUUAUUUAUUCGAGCAUUAUCACGAGGAAAAGUUGAAGUAAUUCGACUUAAGCUUGUUAUUGUUGGUAAAGACAGAACAGGCAAGACGUCCUUUAAGCGAUCUCUGCUCAAACUUAAGUUUCAGCCCAUUGAACCAAGCACACCUGUGGCAAUAGCAGAUUUGGCAGUGUGUGAAGCAUCGAACUGGAGACUCGUGAAUGACAAAGACAAGGAAUUUCUAGACAGACAAAUAGCUAGAGCAGCUAUCCAUGCAUCGCAUGAUUCUAGUGCAAUUGAUUCAGGUAGUAAAGAUGACAGUCAAUAUGACGAUGGAAGAGCGGAGCAGUCUGAUCUAAUCAGUCAUGUCCAGCUUGACACGACAGUCGUUACAGAAUAUACAUCAACUGAUACUAGAUCAACUGAUACUAGACUAAGAGAGAGCAACAUGAACGCAGACAAACUUGAUGAAGCAUUAAUUGUAACUGAAGACAUGGCUCGGGCUAUUAGAGAUUUCAAACGUGAUCCUGAUCUUUUAAAGCAGGAAGAUUCAAAAGUUCACGUUAACAUUUGGGAUUUGGGAGGUCAAGAGCCCCUUCUUCCUGGUCAAGCACAUGCCAUCACACCAGGAUGUGUCGUUUGUGUUGUAUUUAAAGCAUCUGAGUUUCUAGGUGACUAUGCUAAGUCAUUCUACCUUCUUUCUGCCGACUCAGAACCAAUUCCAAUCGACAACCACUGGAUAGAGACGAACUAUGAUGCUCUGUCUUUAUGGGCAUCCAUGACUUUUUUGGCAGGAUAUGAUAAUCGUGAGGGUCUGUACUCUGGUGAUUACAUUGGCAAGUCAAAGAAAUGUGCAUCACCAAUUAUGUUGUUGAUUGGAACACAUAUCAAAUAUGCUAAUAAAAAAAUGAUAAAGCAGCAGAAUGAAUUUCUGUCUAAAAUGUUUCGUAAUAAAGCCUUUCAGAAGCACAUUCUUCGACCAUCUAACAUGCGUCAUGAUUGGUUCUUUCAUGUAGAGAAUUCAGUGUCUGAUCCUGAUAGUUCAAAUGAAGAUGCCGGUGUGAGUGCUGUGAAGCAAGUCAUUGAAGAGAUGGCACAUGAUGUGUCACCCAAACAUCUAAUACCAGCCACGUGGUCAGUUCUAGAGAAGAUCCUUGAUGCUCUAGAAGAAAAGCUGGGCAGUGCUCUUUUUAAUGUCAAUGUUAUCAUGGUUUUUGCUAGUCGAUUGUGUCGUAUGUUUGAAGAGAAAGAAGUUCGUACUGCUCUAGCAUAUUUAGAUGAAGCCGGUUCAGUCAUCUUUCCUCAGAAAAGUGAGAAGCUGAAGAACAUAGUCGUCACCAAACCAAACUGGAUUUUCAUGGUUUUCUCAGUGGUGGCGUCUGUCACUACUCGUCCUCCUCCCUUACUGAGUGAAGAUUGGGAUCGAGUGCAACAAGUAGGAAUUGCGUCUUGGGAACUGAUUGAUCAUCGCUUGAAAGAAGCAGGAGUGAAACGAGCAGAGUAUGAAGAUGUACUGAAUCUGUUGAAUUUCUUUUUCCUUCUCUGCCCCAAACUUUGCUUAUCUCAGCCAUCUGCUUUUAUGUUUCCUUAUGAAACAGAAUACUUUGUUCCAUGUUUGCUAGAAUCUGAAUCAGAUGGUCCAUUUUCAGCUGCUAGUUCGGUUGCUACUAAUCCAAUGUCACUUAUAGUUGUGUCGCGCAAUGUUGAGUUUAUUCCUGAGCAGUUGCAUUUCAAGUUGAUGACGAGUUGUAUUGAGGAAUUUUCUAAAGACCCAUGGCUGAGACGCAACUGCUCUGUUUAUCAUGUUUCUGAUGGUGUUGAUUUGGAACUGAUUUAUUAUGCGUACAAAUAUAUCAUUAUCACUAUUGACACACAACGGCCACUUCAUGAAAUUGCAUCUCUGUGUACAAAGAUCCGUCUGUCCAUCAUUAAAAAACUGUCUGAAGUGAAGACACCAGGGAUGCCUCAGUUUCAGUUUUCAUUGAAUAUUCAACAUCCCGGACCAGCCAUACCUGUCGAUGUCAGCAAGUUAGUAUGUAUAGACGAGUAUGAACACAAACCACUAAGAAGAGACAAACGAAAUGUGCAUUUGAAAAAUUCUGAUGAGAAAGCUGCAUUGGACUGUUGGUUUUGUGACCAUAAAGACAAUGCAGCAAGACAAACACAACAACUGAUGGUAAAAGCAAAGUGCAAGUGUGCAGAAGAUGUUGUCGUGACUGUUGCUGAGAAAGUUUCUCACUGUUGGCAAAGGCUUGCAUCAAAUUUGGCACCUGCAGUUUUCAAGAACAAGACGAAGGUGAUAGAAAAAGAAAACAAAGACGAUUGCUUCAUGCAAACUUUAACAGCAUUGAAUAUGUGGACUGAUGAAUGUGGUGACAGAGCAAAUCAGGAAGCAAUGAUCAUGGCAAUGUGUGCCAUUGGAUGUAGAUCCCAGGCUAUAGCCGUUUUUGAGCGUGAGUUAGUAGACCAUGUCUGUCCAUCUCACUAAUGAUCUUCUCUUUAUAACAACUCUAGUUUGUCAAAUGUUAUAGAUCCUGCAUUUCAUUAGAUUGUACAUCACAUUUAGUGUGUGUUUGCUGUAUCUCAAAUUAGCUAUUUGAAAUGUAUAAUAUUAUUAUAUUUUGGCA